GCAUGUGUCCAUGCGGGACACACAUGUCUGUGUGCCUGUGUAUGUGUUGACUGUAACUGUGUCAGAAGGCCUGUGUGUCUGAGUGAGUUGCUAUUUCUGUUUCUGUCUCCACCUAUGUGUCACCAUUAUGCCGCUUGUGUCUGGAUAUUUACCUAUGCGGGUAUGUGUGAUUUUGUUUCAGUAGUUCUCUGUGUGUGUCUGAAUGUAUCACUGUGAGGCUCUGGCUGUGUGAGGCGGUCUGUUUUGGAAUGUGGGACUAAAUGAGGGGAUCUCUGUGGGUUUGGAAUGUAUGUCUCUACCAGUGAAUAUUGCAGUGUCUGUGAUCCUGGCUUGGUCUCUCACUCCCUCUUUGAGUCUUUGUGAGUUUAUUUCAUGAGUUCCAAGUGUAUGCCCCUACACCCUGUUGUUUAUUUUACACUGGACUAGCAUCCACAAUGCCUAGCGUGCUCAGCAGACCAAAUUUUGCCUUUGGUUCUGGCAUUUGGCGUGAAUGAAGAGCUAGGCAGCAGCAAUGACAAAGGUUUAAGGACUUGGCAGCAGUGAAGGCUGGGGAGAAAUGUCAAGGAGGGGCAUGGAAAGGUCUUUGGACUUAGGUGAAUGGGUGUUGUGCUCCUUGCCCUGCCUGAGGGUAAAAGGCAUCUCUCUGUGGGACCCUCUGCCUGUCUGCUGCUUUUCUUUUCUUAUACCUUCAAGUCCCAGAAUGAAGUUGGCAGCCAUACUGGAAGCUCUACUUCCAGAUUUCCCUAUCACUGCAUGUUGGCUCCAGAAGACCCUGGUGAACUCCACCAAUGAUAGAGUUGGAGUUGGGGACCGUGAAUUUGCAAUGGCAACAACUGUCACUCUGUUCAUCCCCUUAGAUUUUUUUCCAACCGUGGCCAGGCACAUAAAAUAGUUCUGAAAAGCAAUAGAUCACCUGUAAGUCCCUGGAACCCUGGGCAUGUGAAACCUCUAACUGGGAAAAUAGGCCAAGCUCACCAGGGUCCCAAAGACGGACUCUCCAGCCCUUCCAGACUAUUUUGGAUGACACAUGCUUCCCUCUUUCCACAGGCCUGUCUGGCCCUAAGGGAGCCCUCUUUCGAAGUGGUGGUGCUUGGACGACCGGCUCUCUGCAUUGCUGGGCACCUGUAGGUGUCCCUCGAGAGCUCAGUUUUGAGGUUCAAGUCAGUGUGGCCAUGAAGGGGCUGCCUAUUGGGCUGAUGCUGUGACCCCCGGAGUCUGCCUCUCCUGCCAGUACCCCUGCCCGGAACAUGUGGCUGCAGCUUGGCCUGCCCUUGCUGUCCCCGAGCCCCACGCCCACAGUUGGCCGGAGUCUGUGCCUCACGCUGUGGUUCCUCAGUUUGGUGCUGAGGGCCAGCACCCAGGCCCCAGCACCCACAGUCAAUACUCACUUUGGGAAGCUAAGGGGUGCCAGAGUACCAUUGCCCAGUGAGAUUCUGGGUCCUGUGGACCAGUACCUGGGGGUACCCUACGCAGCUCCCCCAGUCGGCGAGAAACGUUUCCUGCCCCCUGAACCACCCCCAUCCUGGUCGGGCAUCCGGAACGCCACACACUUUCCCCCAGUGUGCCCCCAGAACAUCCACACAGCUGUGCCCGAAGUUAUGCUGCCAGUCUGGUUCACUGCCAACUUGGAUAUCGUCGCUACUUACAUCCAGGAGCCCAAUGAAGACUGCCUCUACUUGAAUGUCUAUGUGCCCACGGAAGAUGGAUCCGGCGCUAAGAAACAGGGCGAGGACUUAGCGGAUAAUGACGGGGAUGAAGAUGAAGACAUCCGGGACAGUGGUGCUAAGCCUGUCAUGGUCUACAUCCACGGAGGUUCUUACAUGGAAGGCACAGGCAACAUGAUUGAUGGCAGCGUUCUUGCAAGUUAUGGCAACGUCAUCGUCAUCACCCUCAACUAUCGGGUCGGGGUGCUAGGUUUCCUGAGCACUGGGGAUCAGGCUGCCAAGGGCAACUAUGGGCUCCUUGACCAAAUCCAGGCCCUCCGCUGGGUGAGUGAGAAUAUUGCCUUCUUUGGAGGAGAUCCUCGUCGAAUCACUGUCUUUGGCUCGGGCAUUGGUGCAUCCUGUGUCAGCCUCCUCACGCUGUCUCAUCAUUCUGAGGGGCUUUUCCAGAGGGCCAUCAUCCAGAGUGGCUCUGCUCUAUCUAGCUGGGCUGUGAACUACCAACCAGUGAAGUAUACCAGUUUGCUGGCAGACAAAGUGGGCUGUAACGUGCUGGACACCGUGGAUAUGGUGGAUUGUCUUCGACAAAAGAGCGCCAAGGAACUGGUAGAACAGGACAUUCAGCCAGCCCGCUACCAUGUGGCCUUUGGCCCUGUGAUUGAUGGUGAUGUCAUUCCUGAUGACCCUGAGAUCCUUAUGGAACAGGGAGAAUUCCUCAACUAUGAUAUCAUGCUAGGUGUCAACCAGGGUGAGGGUCUCAAAUUUGUAGAAGGGGUGGUGGACCCUGAGGAUGGCGUCUCUGGCACUGAUUUUGACUACUCUGUCUCCAAUUUUGUGGACAAUCUGUAUGGCUAUCCUGAGGGUAAGGACACCUUGCGGGAGACCAUCAAGUUUAUGUACACAGACUGGGCAGAUCGUGACAACCCUGAGACCCGCCGUAAAACACUGGUGGCACUCUUCACUGAUCACCAGUGGGUGGAACCUUCAGUGGUGACAGCUGAUCUGCAUGCCCGAUAUGGCUCACCUACUUACUUCUACGCCUUCUACCAUCACUGCCAGAGCCUCAUGAAGCCCGCGUGGUCAGAUGCAGCUCAUGGGGAUGAAGUGCCCUAUGUGUUUGGUGUCCCUAUGGUAGGUCCCACUGACCUUUUCCCCUGCAACUUCUCCAAGAAUGAUGUUAUGCUCAGCGCUGUUGUUAUGACCUAUUGGACCAACUUUGCCAAGACCGGGGAUCCCAACAAGCCGGUACCCCAGGAUACCAAGUUCAUUCACACCAAGGCCAACCGCUUUGAAGAAGUGGCCUGGUCCAAGUACAAUCCCCGGGACCAGCUCUACCUUCAUAUCGGGCUGAAACCAAGAGUUCGUGAUCAUUACCGAGCCACCAAGGUAGCCUUUUGGAAACACCUGGUGCCCCACCUGUACAACCUGCAUGACAUGUUCCACUAUACAUCCACGACCACCAAAGUGCCGCCCCCGGAUACCACCCACAGCUCCCACAUCACUCGCAGGCCCAAUGGCAAGACCUGGAGCACCAAGCGGCCAGCCAUAUCACCUGCCUACAGCAAUGAGAAUGCCCCUGGGUCCUGGAAUGGGGACCAGGAUGCAGGGCCACUCCUGGUCGAGAACCCUCGAGACUACUCCACUGAACUAAGUGUCACCAUUGCUGUGGGAGCCUCCCUACUGUUUCUUAAUGUGUUGGCCUUUGCUGCCCUUUAUUACCGGAAGGACAAAAGGCGCCAGGAGCCCCUGAGGCAGCCUAGUCCCCAGAGGGGAACUGGUGCCCCUGAAUUGGGACCUGCUCCAGAGGAGGAGCUGGCAGCAUUACAGUUGGGUCCCACUCACCAUGAAUGUGAGGCUGGCCCACCCCAUGACACAUUGCGCCUCACAGCAUUGCCCGACUAUACCUUGACCCUGCGGCGCUCCCCUGAUGACAUCCCACUCAUGACCCCCAAUACCAUCACUAUGAUUCCCAACUCCCUGGUUGGGCUGCAGACCUUGCAUCCCUAUAACACCUUUGCCGCAGGGUUCAACAGUACUGGGCUGCCCCAUUCACACUCGACUACCCGUGUAUAGCUCUAACCCAGAGCACAACCCAGCUCCCAGCUCCCUCCCUCCCUCCCAGACCCACAAACACACAUGCACACAUAUACACAUAUAUGUACACGCACGCACCCACACCCUACAGCAGACCCAUCUGCACAAACACAGACAGAUGUGGACAUGCACCCGCAUGUACAAAAACACAAAUCCAGAAGUGAACCUGAACAGGCCCUUCAAAUGGGGACACAUAUGAGUUCUUGGUACUAAGGGCCCAUGGAAUAGCAGCUGGAGCCAGCUCCCUGAACCCGACCACAGACACUCCUGGGGCCCUGGAAGCCACAGCCGGACACCCUCUUGGUGCUUGCCUUCUCGGAACUGCACCGUCUACCAACUGCAGACUCGGGAGCUUUAAAGAGCAGGAUAGCUCUUCCUCCCCCCAGACUUGGUCUUUUCUCUGGGUCUUGUUUUUGUUGAUUUUUAAAAAAAAUUUGGAACCAAUGUUUUUCCAGCCGGUUGAAUGUUAAGCCCCUCUGGAAGGGAGGGCUCCAAGAUCAGGACUCUCUGGUUCUGAGACUCCCGGUGUUCAUACAACCAGACCAAGGAAAAGGACCCUCCAAGACAGUAACAGAUGGGAGUAAGACUAUGGGGUGAAAGGAGGAAGAGGCUAGCAAAGGAUGGGGCUGGAGGGCCACCAAGGACAGAGCACCAACUGGCUCUGUGUUCCCAUAGAGGACUGCAGCAUUAAACUGGCUAGACCAGGGGAGCCUAGGUUUGGUAAACUAAGUACUGUGGAGGCCUGGACCUUAUUGGGCCUCUGGGUAUAUAAUGUGGGUUCUGCCUAUAUCCUUGGGGAAAUGAUAUCAGAAAUUUGCCCCGUUUUCUUUACAGUCUCUUUGUGUCUGUCAUUUCUCUUUCAAAACAGCUGUGGUUUUUUUUUAUUUUUUUAUUUUUUGGCUGUUGUUGGCUUUUUCUUUUCUUUUCUUCCUUCCUUUUUUUUUUUAAGAAAAGUUCUUAAAACACUAACAGAAACCCAUGGAGUUUGUCCUUUGUAAAAAAUUUUAAACAGUGUCUUGAUAUAAAAAUAAAAAAAUCCAGUUAGCACUCCC